AUGGUAAACAUAAAUCAUUCAAAAAUGAAACAUUCAUGCAUGGUUUGCUCUUCUUUAUUUCUCUCGCUUCUCUUUGUCUCCUCUAUCUUCUCUUCGCAAACGGCCGUAGCAUUCAUCGGUACAUACGGUGUAAACUACGGUCGCAUAGCGGAUAAUCUCCCGUCUCCUCUCGCAGUAGUAACUCUCCUUAAAGCAGCAAAGAUCAGAAACAUACGUAUCUACGACGCUGAUCACUCCGUCCUCACAGCAUUUCGUAACACAGAGAUCGAGAUCAUUGUUGGCUUAGGCAAUGAGUUUCUCAAGGACAUUAGUGUUGGAGAAGACCGAGCAAUGAAUUGGGUUAAAGAAAACGUCGAGCCUUUCAUACGUAGCGGUACUAAAAUUAGCGGUAUAGCUGUGGGAAACGAGAUUUUAGGUGGCACCACUGUAGAGCUUUGGGAAGUUCUCUUACCUGCGGCCAAGAAUGUUUACUCCGCUCUUCGUCGUCUUGGACUUCACACUAGGGUCGAGGUGUCGAGUCCACACUCGGAGGCUGUGUUUGCGAACUCGUAUCCACCGUCGGCUUGCACGUUUAGGGAUGAUGUGGUGCCGUUUAUGAAGCCGUUGUUAGCGUUUUUCUGGCAGAUAGGGUCACCGUUCUACAUUAACGCAUACCCUUUUCUAGCUUAUAAAUCGGAUCCGAGCCAUAUUGACCUCAACUACGCCCUCUUCGAGCACAGCGAUGGCAUCUAUGACGCCAAAACUAAGCUUCGUUACGAUAACAUGUUCGAUGCUAUGGUUGAUGCUUCUUAUGCUGCUCUCGAGAAAGCUGGCUUCCCAAAAGUGCCGGUCAUUGUUUCAGAGACCGGAUGGGCAUCAAAAGGGGACGCAGAUGAAGCCGGAGCGACGGUGAAGAACGCGAUAACAUAUAAUCGGAAUCUGAGAAAACGGCUGAAUAAGCGAAAAGGCACGCCGUACAGACCAGACAUGGUGGCGAGAGCUUACGUGUUUGCACUAUUCAACGAGAAUCUGAAACCGGGUCCCACUUCCGAGAGAAACUUCGGCCUUUUUAAACCUGACGGUAGUAUUGCCUACGACAUUGGUUUCACCGGACUCAAGUACUCUUCUGCCACACGGUCUCGAUUUGGGACGUCCUUGAACGCUCUUGUUUCGGCUUUUGUUUUCAUGUUUCUAGUUCUUCACCGUUUGUUACCCUUGUCGUGAGAGUUAUGUUUUCAAAGAUUUAUAAUUAACGAUAACCAAAAAAAAAAAUUCUAAUUAACCCCUUUGGUUUAGAGAGAUGUAUUAUUUUUAAACCCCGUAAAUUCUUGAUUUUUUCGAUAUACCUCCUAACUUUUCAGUGUUAAUAUAAGAACUUACUGUAAUUACAUGUGCAUGUGUUUAUUCAUAGUGUAAGGAUUAUGGCUACGUGCAAGUAUCUCUAUAUAACUAAUUGUGCACUUACGAAAGCAUGAAAAUUUUGAUUACGAUAACGAAUCAUAUAUAUUUAUAGUGGCCAGUGGGAGCAAGUAGUCAAGAUAUAUCUUCUCUCUUUAUUAGAUUCCCAUGUUAGUAAUUAUUUUAUCGAAUCUUUAUUCGUCCACCUUCUAUUUAUGAUUUAAUAAACUUAGGCACUCUCUGAUCUUAUGUCAACUGACACCUACAAAUAGUAAUAUAUAUUCACGAAUCACUAGACUUAUGUAUAAAAAUUCCACUUGCCUACACAUAUGUACAUUACACGUUACGUGGUUUAGUAAAGAUUAGUUAGUAUACGUCGAUAGGUCGGUAUUGCAGCCAACACCAUAUAUUAAUUAAGCUUAUAAGUUUAUACAACACAUGAUCAAAUUGUUAAUUUUUUACGACGCAAUUGAAACUCUCGAGAUCUAAAAAGUUUUUUGAACAAUUUCUGAUAUAAUGCAUGUAUACAUGAAUUAAAAAGAAGACAAGAACUUUGUAACAUCAACAUAUAGUCAACAAAGUUCACGAGACAUAGACUAUAUAUUAUGUAACGUAACAACAUUAAUGACUGACAUACAAACAACCUCAAAUGUCCAAAUCCAAAGAUUUGACAAAACCCAAAGAUUAGAUUCGAUUGGUUUAAAA